AUGGGGCAGAGAUGGUGGCACAUACUGAAGAAUAUCAUCCAGCAGCAGCUUCCACUCAAUUAUUGCUGUGUGUUGAUUGACCGAAGACCUCAUAAAUGGACAACACACUCCUUAAAUACUCAUCAAUGGUGUCCACGGAAUCACAUCCUCCAACCAAUACACAACACGCAAACACUAGGAAGCAAAAUGCCAUCUUCCUCAACACCAUUGUUGUACCUCUGCCUAAUGCUGGUGCUGUGCCUUCUUCUCUUGCAAGAAGCGCAUGCAGCGCGCCAUGGAGGGAUCUCACUGAGGUCUCAACGCAUGGCCCUCCUCCACUGGAAAGCUACACUUGCAAACCCACCGCUGCGCAUGAGCUCUUGGCAAGAAAACACCAGCCCAUGCAACUGGACGGGCAUCAUGUGCACGGCUGUUCGCCAUGGCCGUCGUAUGCCCUGGGUGGUGACCAAUAUCUCCCUGCCAGACGCUGGCAUCCGCGGACAGCUUGGUGAGCUCAACUUCUCGGCUCUUCCAUUCCUCGCAUAUAUCAACCUUCAAAACAACAGUCUCCAUGGUGCACUACCCACUAGUAUCACCUCCCUGUCAGCACUUUCAGCACUUGACCUUAGCUUCAACCAGCUCAAAGGGAAAAUUCCUAGUGAGAUUGGUGGCCUGCAAAGUCUCAGGGUGCUUGAGCUCUCAUCUAAUAGACUCACAGGACAUAUUCCUGCAUCUCUGGGCAACCUCACAAUGUUAAAUAUUCUUGCCAUUCACCAAACCAUGGUAUCAGGUCCCAUUCCUGAGGAGAUUGGAAGGCUUGUCAACCUACAAGGUCUGCAGCUAAGCAACAGCAGCUUAAGCGGCAUGAUACCAAAAACCCUUGGAAAUCUGACCCAACUAAAUGAUUUGUACCUGUUUGGUAAUCAACUUUCAGGGCCUAUACCCCAAGAACUAGGCAGGCUAGUCCAUUUGCAUGGUCUUGCGCUUAAUUCAAAUGAUUUGUCAGGUCCAAUUCCAAUCUCCAUAACCAAUCUCACUAAGAUGAACCAACUUUUUCUCUUUGAAAAUCAAAUCACAGGUUCAAUACCCCCAGAACUAGGCAAACUCGCUAAGCUAAACCUACUUGUUCUCUAUGAAAAUCAGAUCACAGGUCCAAUACCCCCAGAAAUAGGAAAUCUUAAGAUGCUAAACCAACUUAUGCUCUACCAAAAUCAAAUCAUAGGCUCAAUACCCCCUGAACUAGGCAACAUCACUAUGCUCAAUGUAAUUUCUCUCAGUACAAAUAAAAUCACAGGCCCAAUACCUUCAGAAUUGGGCUACUUACUGAAUCUCCAGAAUUUAGAGUUGUUCGACAACCAAAUAUCUGGCACUAUUCCUGGGAGCCUAGGAAAUAUUACCAAGCUAGUAGCACUAUCCCUCUAUGGAAAUCAGAUAACCGGCUCCAUCCCUGAAGAGAUUGGCAAUCUGAUGAACCUCGCAUAUUUAUACUUGAAUGAGAACCAAAUAUCAGGAUCAAUACCUAAAACUUUUGGGAAGUUGCACAACAUCCAAGAAAUGCGAAUCUUCAAUAACAAUUUAUCAGGACCUUUACCCGCAAAUAUAUGUUCAGGUGCCGGACUUCAAACUCUCAAUGUCGCGUAUAAUAUGUUCAAUGGCCCCAUUCCAAGUAGUUUAAAGACAUGUUCAAGUUUAGUUGAAAUUGACCUUGAGUCAAACCAACUGACAGGAGAUAUAUCUCAGCAUUUUGGUGUUUAUCCACAACUCACAGUGAUGAAUUUGGCAUCGAAUAGACUCUCUGGGCUGAUAUCAUCCAAUCUAGGUGCAUCUACUCAAUUAGUGGCACUACAUCUAGCACAAAAUAUGAUCACGGGUCCCAUACCUACAAUCCUUUCUAAAUUGUCCAACCUAGAAAAACUAAGACUUGACUCUAAUCAUCUCAGUGGUGAGAUUCCACCAGAAAUCUGCAGUUUAACUCAUCUAUAUAUACUAAACUUAUCAUUCAACCAAUUAUCCGGGCCCAUACCUACACAGAUAGAAAAGCUGAGCAGUCUAGGAUACCUUGAUAUAUCUGGGAACAUGUUAAGUGGAUCAAUACCUGAGGAACUAGGGGCCUGCAUAAGAAUACAGUCCUUGAAGAUCAACAACAACAACUUCAAUGGGAGUUUGCCCAGUGAGAUUGGAAAUUUAGCAGGCCUGCAGAUCAAGUUAGAUGUGAGCAAAAAUAACCUCAGUGGUGUGUUACCGCAGCAACUUGGGAAGUUGCUGAUGCUACAACUUCUGAAUUUAUCACAUAAUCAGUUCAGUGGCAGCAUUCCAUCCUCCUUUGCAAGCAUGGUGAGCCUUUCAAUGCUUGAUGUGUCCUACAACGACUUGGAUGGACCGGUCCCUUCAGCACGGCUACUCCAAAAUGCUUCAGCGAGUUGGUUUCUUCCCAAUAAAGGUCUGUGUGGUAACUUCUCUGGUCUGCCACCUUGUUAUUCAACCCCAGUAGCUGCUCACAAAAAGGGGAAGAUACUUGGUUUGCUUUUGCCAAUUGUUCUUGUGAUGGGUUUCGUCAUUGUUGCUGCAAUUGUUGUCAUAAUAAUACUUACUCGUAAGAAGAGAAAUCCACAAGAAAGUGUUACCUCUGAAGCAAGGGACCUAUUCUCUGUUUGGAAUUUUGACGGAAGACUAGUAUUUGACGAUAUUGUAAGGGCAACAGAAGACUUUGAUGAUAAGUACAACAUUGGAACCGGAGGAUACGGCAAAGUCUACAAGGCACAACUCCAAGAUGGGCAGUUGGUUGCUGUGAAGAAGCUUCAUCAGACCGAAGAAGAGUUGGAUGAUGAAAGAAGAUUUCGUAGUGAAAUGGAAAUCUUAACACAGAUCCGACAACGAAGCAUUGUCAGAAUGUAUGGAUUCUGCUCCCAUCCAGUGUAUAAAUUUCUCGUCUAUGACUACAUUCAACAGGGAAACCUCCACAGAAUAUUGGAAAAUCAAGAGCUAGCAAAGGAAUUAGAUUGGAACAAGAGAAUUGCUCUUGCAACAGAUGUGGCUCAAGCAAUAUCUUAUUUGCACCACGAAUGCAGUCCACCUAUAAUCCAUCGAGAUAUCACAAGCAACAACAUUUUACUUGAUACAUCCUUUAAGGCUUUUGUCUCGGAUUUCGGCACGGCAAGGAUUCUUAAGCCCGAUUCAUCAAACUGGAGUGCACUAGCAGGAACGUAUGGCUACAUCGCUCCUGAACUAUCAUACACAUCUGUUGCGACAGAGAAAUGUGAUGUUUAUAGCUUUGGGGUGGUUGUGUUAGAGCUAGUGAUGGGCAAGCAUCCAAGGGAUUUAUUAGAUGGUAGUCUUUCUAACGGCGAACAGUCAAUGAUGGUGAAAGAUAUUCUGGACCAACGGCCAACACCACCAAUAUCAACUGAAGAGAAUAGCUUAGCUCUGGUCAUCAAGCUGGCCUUAUCAUGUUUGGAAUCUUCUCCCCAAGCAAGGCCAACCAUGCGGGAGGCAUACCAAACACUCAUCCAGCCAUCUUCUAGUUCAACUGCCGUGCCUUUCAGCGCACUUACAUUACAGCAAGGGAUGCAUGUUGACAUAAGGUCUGAAUCCUAG